AUGUGUGAUAGCGCAUUUUGUCGUUCAUGUCUAUUACAAUUAGCUGAACCAUUUUGUCCAAUAUGUCGAUGGACAUGGGAUGAUACAAUUCCUCUUCAAGAUAAUAUUUAUUUGCCAAAAGCUAAUCGACUAAUACGAAACAUGCUUGAUGAUUUACUUGUGCAAUGUAUUUACUGUCAAACAAUCCGUCGUCGAGGACAAUUCGAGCAUGAAUGUCAAUCGACUGAAGAACGAUUGGUUAGAAAUGAUAUUCAAAUCACACCAAGAAAAAACUUCGUUCAUUUUGAAAUGGUUUUAAAUAUUUUAGGAAUAGUUUUAUGUCUUCUAUGCAUGUAUUAUAAUCGAAAAUAUGUUUUUGAAAAAGUUAUUGAUCCUCGUAGUGAAAUAAUCAAAGAUAUUGGCUAUAAUAUCGAUUAUUUUUUAUUAGAAACAAUAUAUUAUUUAAUCAGAAAAAUAGUUGAAUACUCAAUGGCAAUUAUUAUAAUUAAUGUUUGCUUUUGGUUUAGUGUAAUUUUUUUUGGAGACCGUAUCGCAUCUAAAAACAAUAGUCAAAUAUUAAAAACUUUUCUUGAAAUAUUAAUUAUUAUUAAUCUUAUUACUUAUUCAGUUUCUAAUUAG